AUUUCUCCAGCUGCACGUGGAAACAAUAGCAGAGUGGCUGCACUUUGUCUGUCGGAGACAAUAUUGGGCUGCCGGUGCAUGUUGGCCACUUUGCUAUGUGGCGAGGACACAUGCUGUCACCUGUGGCGCGCGUCGACUCUCCAUAAACCUCGCGUGGAACAAGAAAACUCGAACAUUCUCCGACAAUGACUGCUUGAGCAGCACUUUUAUUACUACUGCUGUCAGCCUACCCCCUUCUGACUUUCCUCCUCUUCUUCCUCACUUUGAGUUACAGGACACCACUAUGGUGGAUAAAGGCCCCUUGUUGACUUCUGCCAUUAUUUUCUACCUGUCCAUCGGGGCAGCUAUUUUUCAAGUCUUGGAGGAAUCCAAUUGGAAGCUGGCCGCAAAGCACUAUAGACUCCAGAAGGAGCAAAUACUUAAGGACUACCCCUGUCUGACGAAAGAUGACUUGGACAAAAUAUUGCAGAUAGUUUCCGAUGCUGCUGGCCAAGGAGUCACUAUAACUGGCAGCAAGACUUUCAACAACUGGAACUGGCCAAAUGCUGUCAUCUUUGCUGCCACAGUUAUAACUACGAUAGGAUAUGGAAACAUUGCUCCCAAAACAUUAGCGGGACGUGUAUUUUGCAUCUUCUACGGGCUCUUUGGUGUGCCAUUGUGUUUUACCUGGAUCAGCGAGCUUGGGAAGUUCUUUGGUGGACGAGCCAAGCACUUUGGUCAAUAUCUAACCAAGAGAGGAUUUUCACUGAGGAAGGCUCAGUUUACCUGUACAGCUAUUUUUCUUCUCUGGGGGCUGCUGAUCCAUUUAGUCCUUCCACCUUUUGUGUUUAUGUCCCAGGAGGGUUGGACAUAUAUUGAAGGCUUGUACUUCUCAUUUGUCACCUUGACUACAAUUGGAUUUGGUGACUUGGUAGCAGGUGUGGACCCCACAAAAGACUACCCUAGUCUCUACCGCUACUUUGUGGAGGUUUGGAUUUAUCUAGGUCUGGCUUGGCUUUCUUUGUUCUUCAACUGGAAAGUGCGAAUGGUGGUUGAGGCUCACAAAGCGCUAAAGAAAAGACGCAAGCUACGCAAACUUUCCCUCGAUGAGCUGCGGCACUAUAAAGAGUCUCACAAAGCUGCACUUCGUCUUCCGCCCACUCCCAACGAUGUCAACAUCUUCAGCUUCCUGUCCAAGAAGCAGGAAGGCUACAACGACUUGAUCAAGCAGAUUGGCACUAAAAGCGACCAGAGACUCAACGCCAGCAAAGGGAACGCCAUCAACAAAACCAAAGACAUGGCUCGGUCCAAGAGCUGCAAUGAUACUCCCAUGUUUAAUGGCCACACCAUCCUUAGUUUAGACCGUUCACCACGACAAAAGAGAAGAUAUAGUUUUAGUGACCGUGUCACUGUUGCCUUUUCCAAGUCCAAAAAUUACCUCCUGGGCUCUGACAAUGGUUUGGUGCUAACAGAGGAUCACGGUGAUAGGGACGUUGAACUUGACCAGGACCAAAUAUAUGAAAACCAGCUUGACAAAGAUGUGGAUCAGGAGAGCGGAUGUCGGGGAGACUGUGGAAGAACUGGUCGAAGGACAUGGGAUUCUAAAGAAUACCAUUCUCUUACAUUCCAAAAUGCAAACAUUACUUUCAUUGAUGAGGAAAACUUUCUUGGAAAUAAUCUGGAGGAGGAUGAUGAUGAUGAUGAUGAUUCCAAAGCGAAACUAUCUAUAACUACAUGUGAUGAGAACAUUGAAACGGUCUCCAAGGAGGAGCAGAGUUCUGAGUCAGAUGGCUCUGUUUUUACCAGUGAUGUUUCAGAACACAGCCACUCGUACGAGACUCUUGUGGAGGAAUAUGCAAAGGAAGACAAUACGGAACCUUAGUUGCUGUGCAAACACUCAACACUGUCUCGGUAGGGAAUGUUGAUGCUUUUGAUGUUUUUCUAAUGUGAACUGAAAAGACAUCCCAUUGCACUGUUGGGUCUGGAAAAAAGGCUAAACUGCCAAUCCAAAUGAAUGUGCUUUUCCUUCAACUAAAGGUUAUUUUCUUCUAAUGAAUUAAAAUCCCUAUCAUUUGGGAUAUAAACACAUUUUUCAAUCAAUAUUGACUCGAGACUUCAUCAGCUCUAGUUGUCUUUUGUAGAUGUGCAGUAAAGAUUCAUCAGGUAUUGCUUAUCUAAAUCAUGUACAAAUUGACUGUGUUUUCUUGAGUACAUCUGUUCUACACAUAUUCUCGUAUUAAAUUAUGUAUAUGUUUAAACAUAUUUGCUUCCACAUACGCCAUAUUGGUGCUUUAAAAUUAUUUAAAAUGAUGGGCAUAGUAGUAGCCUGUAGCUACGGGGGGGAGUGUUGUCUCUUGCACAAUACAUCAAAUGGCAAAGUCCAUUUCAGUGCAGAUGUUUUUUUGUUUGUUUUUGUUUUAACCUGAGCCAAACCCUUUCCAUUCUUUCACUCUAUCCUUGAUGAAUAGCUGUCUGAGAUUUCUUUACAUUUUAUUUUGACUAUACGGAAUACACUUUGUCAAAGGUCCAUCAAUGAGUGACAGAGACCUACUGUAAACCAAAGGUAAACUUGUAAAGGGAAAAAAAAAACUUUGCGAGCCGAAGAUUAUUGCUGGUUUAUCUCAAUUCCCAACAGAAAGUGACCACCAAAAGUGAUUAUAAACAGACUCCUUGCAAAUGUGUACAAAAAAAAAAAUCACCUCAGAAUAUUGUCCAAUUAUGUUUUUGUUAAAUACCUACUGCAUUACUGUAUUGUGCUGCAUAUGAAUGAAUUGACCCUUUGAUGUGGCAAGCAGCACCCCCUUCACUGCAUUGUAUUUGUCAAGUAAAUAUUGUCUGAAAGCUCAUCGGCAGCCGCAAACACCUCAGCUGAGGACAUGGCCUUGCUACUUGUUUGCUUUUGGGGGCUCGCACUGACACAAAUGACUGUAGUACAGCAAAUGACAGCCAGCUAGGUUAAAACGCCACAAAUCGAUGCUCUCAUGACGUGUGCGUGUGUCUGUAUCUGUGUCAAAAAGUCCUGUCGGAUACCUUUAUCUGCUCACCUCCUGCAUUUUGCACAUGCACUUGAGCACGAAAACCUGUAUAACUUCUCAUGGGUAAAUGCCAGCAAUUGCAGUGUCACACAGGGCUGCUGUGAAUUUUGAAGUCUGAGUCAUUUUAAGUUACUAGAUUUUAAAUAUUGGGUAAUAGAAGAAGUUUUUGUGGCACAUGGAUAACCUAAUUUAUAGACUGCCUUAAAUCCACUGCAAAGCAGAUGGAAAAAGUACAAUGCUGAAAUUGUAUAACGUUUCACACUGGGUGUUUUUAUACAGUAUAUUUCUACUUUAGGCUCCCACCAUUUUUUAUAUUUGGUCACAUUUUCUGUACAUUUCUGUCACUGUCAUUAUAUGGUGGAUACAUUGGUGCGCCCGUUGUUAAGAAGUCCUGGUACUCUUCAAACAUGUCCUAAGAUUAUUUACUUGUGACUGGUUAAACCCAUUGUCCUGCAUUUUCCUCUUAAUGUUGCUCCAUUGUGUAAAAACUCCACUGUU